UAUUGUGUCAGAACAUGAAUGAAAUGACAACGCAUGAGGCUUUUUUCAACCUCAAACCACUCUGUGAUUUGUUAGUCAAGAGUCCUAAUAAGCAGAAUGCUGAGAAUAUUUGCAAUUGCCUAAGGAAAUUUUCCAAGUCCACUUUACAGAAUCUCUUGGAUUACGUAUUGUUUCCUCCUAUCAUACAUUUGGGAAGUGAUGAUGUCAGCACAGAGACAAGAUUACAUCUUCUCAGUGUAAUAGAGGCAGCCCUGAGUGAAGUAAGAGUCAUGAAAAUUGAAUUAUUCUUCAAACUGUAUUCAAUUCUUCUUCGUCAAGUGCAGGAUACAAAUCAGCCAACUGUGUUAAUUCCAGAACACGAAGAACUGAAAUUGAGUGUAAUGCACUGUCUGAAAUAUUUAUUCUUAUCUGCAUCGUCCGACGUCAUAGAAUUAAUUUACACUCGAGAUAAUUCACUGAAGCUCAGUGAGAGUUUCUUCCUCUGUGUCUCCAUCGCCAAGAGUGAGAAGUAUUCAACAUUGAGGAUUGCUGCAAUUGACACUUUAAUGACUCUAUCGUACGUUCAUGAUGAAGCUGACACGUCUGAUGUAGUUUUGAGGAGUCAAGUUGCAGAUGUAGUCAUGCUGUACUUACCUGGGAUUGUUCGUGGAAUGUUGGAUAUUGCUGAGGGGAGUGAGACUCAGAAUCAUAAAGUCAUUUUGAUGGCAAUCAGAGCACUGGGUAGAGUCAUCUCUCUCGUCAUGGAAGAUUCAUCACCUGAAAACUCUGCACCCACUUUCCCAAUGCCAAUCACUACCUCAAACGCCUCUAGCUCCCCUGAUCCGCUGGGAAUGCAAUUGAAGCUCAAUGGUCAAAACGAAACGGAAAAGUACCUGCAGAUGGUCCGAAAUGUCGAGUGGUUGGAGGCAGCGUCUGAAAAACUCAGCAAUCCCUUAAAAAAUCUCUCCAAUUUAACGAAACAUUCGCAUCACAAAGUCAGAAGAGAACUCCUCUCAACAGUUUCUUUAUUAAUAACGAAAUGUACCAAAAACCUGAGUGAAAGUGUUCCUCAUUUGGUCGACGUGGUGAUUGCACUAUCCGAAGAUGACGAAGACGCAGUGAGAGAGCCAGCAAAAACUUGUUUGAAUGAAAUAAAUCAUGCGAUCGUUUCCAAUCUCCGAAUGAGAUCGAUAACUUCGUUGUUGGAGGAAAACUUCUACAGGUUACUGACAAAACUCCCCAGGAUCAUGAGGAGAUCGGAGAGUGCUGCUCAGCUAGCCUAUUUGAACCAAUUGACUGGAUACUUGAGGAUAUUUGGGGAGGAACGUUUACCAAAGAUCAUGAGCUCGAUGGCUCAUCUUAGACGCCUGCUCCUAGCCCUUAUCUAUGUCAUUGAAUUGGAUUGUCGUGAGGUUUCGAUACUUGACGAAAAUCACAUAACAACCAUCGAAGAUACUGCCCAUUUAUCAACGACAUCGUGGAAAAAAUUCAAGUUUAUACUAGACUCAGCAGUCCACGAUAAAUUAAUAAUCGUUUGUAAAUUGCUGGGAGAGCUGGGGGAUGUGGAGAUCCUGGUUGACAGCAUAAUCCAAUUGAUGUCCGACAUGCCACACUACCAGAAGGAACAGACGUUGCUGCUCAAUUGGAUAUGCAUGGCACCCAAUCCCACACUCAAGACUCUGUAUCCUCAAGUUAUCAAUCACUACGUCGAUGAUGAGUUGUGGUACCUGCCGAUUGAAAUGGAAGACGAGACUACUCUCUCACAAGUCCAAAGUAAUAUCGUACAGAAUUGUCUCCUGAUGGAGGCUCUCGGAAUAUUCGCUUCGAUACUGAGGGAAGAGUACCAGCAGUUUUUGCUCAAGACCCUGUACCUAAUCAUCGAAAGAGCUGGGAAUAAGAACCGGUUGAUUAGCUCCAUUGGUCUUCAUACUCUAGAAGAGUUCGCUAAAUCCCAGGGAUACACUGAAAUCACGAAUUUACUUCGUGAUAAUGUAGAUUACAUUUCCUACCAUGUUACUGUUAAAUUACGAAGGGUUGAGAGGAAUCUCGGGGUGCUGGAUGUUGUGACGAUCGUCAUGAAGUACAGCACUCUAGAUUUUCUUCCAUGUUUGAAGGAAAUUGUUGCUGAAGCAUUGGGACAGCUGAAAGUUGCGACUCAGGGGAGCAAUUCCCAUUCGAUAUUGAAAGUGUUGUAUACUUUUGUUUUGUGUAUCAGACGACAAGUUUGUGAUCAAGAACUUAAGGAGGAUAAUGUCAGAAUAUCAGAAAAUAUUGCUGAAAGGGUGAUUCAUUCUUUGAUCGAGUAUCACGAAGCUAAAAAGGUUGAUAAGAUGGUGGACGAUGACUCAGAAAUCCCUGAAAAUGAAAGAGAAAUAGAGUUCGAUGAUAAAAAUUAUGAAGAAGGCUCUGCAUAUGCUGAUUCAGGAGGAGACUCUCACGAAACGAAAGUUCCACCAUACAUCAAGCUAGUAGAAGAUGUUAUAAAGUGCAGUCUCAAUUUUGUGCCAUCGAGAAAGAUCCCAGAGACACUGAUAGCCAUGGAGAUACUCCAAGGUGGACUGGACAUUUUAUCUCCCUGGACGGAUCAGCUACUACCGAUUGUUCAUCUGCUGUGGCAUCCAUUGGUGGAUCGCUUCAAAGAAUCUAAUGUCUUAAUUAUGAAUCGUGCGUGGCAGCUUCUCUUCACUGUUGCUCAGGCAUCAGAGGAUUUCGUACGAUCUCGCACUCUCGAUAAAGUCAGUCCUGCCAUUGCAAAGUUUUUGGAGAUUUCGGCUAAAGAGAGUUACGGGAAGGAUAGCCAACACGCUCAUAAAUUUACGCAGAUGUUUAAACUCCAAAGAAUGAUCUUGUCGCAACUAGGUACAAUGGCCAAGUGUUUGAAGCUUCAGGAAAGACAACUCUGGCAGCUAUUAGAUAUGACAGAGCCUUAUCUGCAUUCACAUCAACAUCCUGUAUUGCAAGAGUGCUGUAUAAAUCUGUAUAAAACUGUUUUUCACUACAAUGGAGAGGUUGUGUGGGUUAAAUGUCUAAGCAUAUGGAAUUCUUCCGUAAAAAGACCUUCAGUGCAUGUAGUUCCUAGUGUUGAUGAUUUAAAUGCCAUGGAGGAUGAUUCUAUUAAGGUUCCUUACGGCAAAAAUAUUGGGAUAUUGUUGAAAUAUAUUGAUAAAGUAACGAGAAGAGAAUUAAACAUAUUGUAGUAAAUUAUUUAAAUAAAUUGUUUGUACCAUUUUGUUACCCAAA